AUGCCGCAUUGGAUCGUCAAAACGCCAUUCAUAAUGAAUUUAUAUUAUUUAUGGCUCGUAUUUUUAUCUGGGCUGAUUGCGGUAGAUGGAAUUAUGUGGAACUUGGAACCAAACACUCGUAAAUGUCUUCGAGAGGAACUUCAGUCUGAUGUUUUAGUCACCGGUGAAUAUGAAGUUUCUGACGUUUUCGGGCAAAAAGUAGACUAUACAGUUAAAGAUUCAAAAGGUCACAUACUAUCUCAAAAAAGUGAUAUUUCCAAGGGAAAGUUUUCUUUUGUAACUGAAAAUUUUGAUACUUUUGAAGUAUGUUUCACAUCUCGAGUUCCUCCACAACAACAUGCCUCUAGACAAGAAGUUUCAUUGAUUAUCAAGAGAGGUGUUGAAGCUAAAAACUAUGAAGGAAUUGCUGAAGCAGUUAAACUAAAACCUAUGGAAGUUGAACUCAAAAGAUUGGAAGAUUUGUCGGAAGAUAUUGUUAAAGAUUUUUCUUUGAUGAGAAAAAAUGAAGAAGAGAUGAGAAGUACAAAUGAAUCGACCAAUCGUAGGGUAUUAUAUUUCACCGUAUUUAGUAUGUGCUGCCUUUUAGGAUUGGCAACAUGGCAAGUUUUCUACCUGAGAAAUUAUUUUAAGGCGAAAAAACUUAUCGAGUAA